AGUUUAGCGUGCCAAUCUUUUCGAUUUUUCGCGGAUAAAACAUAAAAUUUCCCGGUUUUUUUGCACUAAUUUCUUUUUUGAUAAUUUCUAGAAAAUCUCAUUAUGCCACGAGAUGAUCCAAUCACAGAAGAAGAGCGCCGAGCAAAUUCCGCAACCGAUUUAAUUCGGAUGAGACUGGCAAGAUUGCAACAAAAUAUUGACAAGCCCGCUCCAAUUCCAAUUAAAAAGGAGACACUGAGAGCGCCAAAAGAACCUUUGGAAUUCGUGAGAAAUGUCGUUGGUUCUUCAGCUGCUGCCGGAAGUGCUGAAUUUCAUAUUUACAGAAACAACCGACGAAAAGAACAAAAUCGACUUGACUACAUUGAUGCGGUAGCAAAAAAAGAAGAAUUGGACGAUGCCUACCGUCACAAAGUAGAAAAACUUGAAAAGGAAGAAGAAUCAAAAACCGCGAAGAAGAGAGCAAAGCGAUUAAGGCAAAAAGCUGCUGCUAAGAAGAGAAAAUUGACAAAAAAGAAUAAUGAAUCUGACGAGAGCUCAUCAGAUGAUUCGGAUUCAGACUCAGGAUCAGGAUCUGAUAACGAAUCUGAAGGAAAACAAAACACAGAAGUCGAAGACAAAGAUAAAGUUGAGAAGGAAGAAACGGAUGAUGAAAAAACUGAAGUUUCUACUUGAAGUUUUUAUUACGGAAUAACUUAUUUGUACAUGUUUGAUUUAAUAUAAUUGUUUUUCUC